UCUCUCUCCCUCUCUCUCCCCAUCUCUGAUUAGAUAUACUGAUUCCUCCUUUCAAUGGACGUCAUUUAAGCGCUGACUCCUGCCUUGAGUUGCGUCCUCGGCUUCACACCCGAUUUCCGACCAUUCUCUCUCUAUUAUUAAGUAUUCCUGUAAUAUUAAUAGUCAUGAAUGCGCUCUAUUAGGAGUCCGAGAGGGAGACGAAGAAGCGGCUCUGUGGUUUCUUUUUUGGGGGGCUAAUAUGAGCUCAAGCGAGGGGACGGCAGCAGUGUGAUAGAAGCCAGGACAGUAAGGAGGAGAUAAAGAGAGGCUUACCAAGAGAAACUUUUCGAGCCCAAAUCCACCAGCACCGCCGAAUAUCAGCAUUUUAAGACCCCAAAUGAAGGGCAGCGGGGAUCUAACCAUUUCUUUCUGAUGGAUUAUCGUCCUGCUACCGUGGCACAUAUCUUCUGAUCGCCGGGGCCACCGUGAUCUUGCAGGAGAGAAAGAAGAAUCUUUUCGGGGGCUAUUUUUUCCUCUUUUUUUCCUCCCUUUUUCUUUUUUGUGUUACUGUUGUUUUGCUGGUUAUUCCCCUUUUUUGGUCGCCCACCUACCCCCCCCCCCCCCCCUUUCCAAACACUCACAGUGUUUUUGAACUGAUCAUUCUUUUCUUGAGUCGCACUAAAAUCCUUUCAGAUGUUAGUGCACAGUUUUUCCGCGAUGGAUCGUCACGACGGUACCAGCAAUGGGACAGCCAGGUUACCUCAGCUGGGCAGCGUGGGCCAGAGUCCCUAUACGAGCGCCCCUCCGCUCUCCCACACACCAAACUCGGACUUCCAGCCCCCGUACUUCCCCCCACCCUACCAGCCCAUCUACCCGCAGUCUCAGGACCCUUACUCGCAUGUCAACGACCCGUACUCCCUCAACUCCCUGCACGCUCAGCCGCAGCCGCAACACCCGGGCUGGCCGGGCCAGAGACAGGGUCAGGAGAGCGGCCUGCUGCACCAGCACCGCAGCCUGCCUCACCAGCUGUGCCGGGAAUAUCGCAGGGAAGUGCUGCUACCGUCCGGCCACGGCAUCGAAACGGGACUGUCAGACUCUAUCCCUAUCCAUGGAAUACCUCACUCUUUAGAAGACGUUCAGCCUGUUGAGGAUCAAGGAAUUCACAUUCCCGACCAGACUGUAAUUAAAAAAGGUCCAGUGUCUUUAUCCAAGAACAACAAUGUCUCCGCCAUCCCUGUAAAUAAGGACGGUCUUUUCGGAGGGGUGGUAAACCCUAAUGAGGUGUUCUGCUCGGUUCCGGGUCGCCUUUCCCUCCUCAGCUCCACAUCAAAGUACAAGGUCACGGUGGCGGAGGUGCAAAGACGCCUCUCGCCGCCCGAAUGCCUCAACGCCUCUCUGCUGGGCGGGGUGCUGAGGAGGGCCAAGUCUAAGAACGGAGGAAGAUCCUUAAGGGAGAAGCUGGAUAAAAUCGGCUUGAAUCUACCUGCGGGCAGACGCAAGGCAGCGAACGUCACCUUGCUGACGUCACUCGUCGAGGGCGAAGCGGUACAUCUUGCCAGGGAUUUUGGUUAUGUAUGCGAGACCGAGUUUCCAGCCAAGGCAGUAGCUGAAUAUGUAAACCGUCAGCAUUCCGACCCAAACGAACAAGUCCAAAGAAAAAACAUGCUAUUGGCCACGAAGCAAGUGUGCAAAGAGUUCACAGACCUGCUGUCCCAGGACCGCUCGCCGCUUGGAAACUCACGGCCGCAGCCCAUUCUCGAACCGGGAAUCCAGAGCUGCUUGACCCACUUCAGUCUAAUCUCGCACGGUUUUGGGACCCCGGCACUGUGCGCGGCCGUCACGGCCCUACAGAACUAUCUGACCGAGGCUAUCAAAGCCAUGGACAAAAUGUACCUCAACAACAACCCUAACAGUCACUCAGACAACGGCACUAAAGGCGGAGACAAAGACGAGAAGCACAGAAAGUGAUGUUUCCAUCCCGCCUUCAUCGAGGGCCAAAUCCCAUGACCCAAAUUCUACCCACACCUCUCCUCCUCCUUCUCCUCGAUCCAAUAUAAAUAUUAUAAAUACCUUAUAAAUACUAUUGAUAAAGUUAAUCGUGCCACUUCCUGAUCUUGCGUGGUUUUACAUGUUUUGUUUUUACAUCCCACUUUGGAUUCAUGAGGAAAUGACGCAAUUAUUUUCUUCUCCUUCUUCCAGAAAUGUUAUUAAAAAAAAAAAAACGAAAAAAAACCUAAAAGAAAAAAUGCUGCAAAGGAACAGCUCCAGGGCGAGAGGAGAGGAAAAGGUGUACUGCCUCAGCCAGAGGACGUUUUAUGUACUCCCCUCUUUUUUUUAUGAGCUGCAACGAAUGGACUGAAAUCCAGCGACCCCUCUAUAUCUCAAUUUUACGAUUGUGACAAGAAAGAAAAAACGAAGCUAAAAGAGGAUGAAUUCUUAUCAGUAUUGUGAAUAAUAAACUUGAAAACAAAGAGAAAUUCCACAGAGCUCCCUGUCAUGACUUCAGUUGUAGACUCUCACUCUCUCUCUCUUCCAAGCGACCAACUUGAACUUUUUGAAUUUCAACACGAUUCACGGUUAUAUAAGGGAAUCAGUGUUCAUGUAUGUAUAUAUUUAUUUAUGUGUAAUUUAAUGGGAAUUGUAAAUAUGGUGCGUCUGUUGAAACUUUUUCUUUUUUUAUUUUAUUUAUCUGGUGCCUCCUGUUUUAGUGGGUUUGAAUAUUCGCUUAGUUCUUCAUGUGAUUUUAUGGUUUUUAGAAAAAAAAACUGAAGUUUUGGGGUAUUUUUUAUUUCUCUGGGAUAUUUCAAUUCAGCCCUCUUGUAGCAUGUUGAGGCGACACUGAAGCAAGUGAACAAAUUUAAUAGUAAUAAAAACUUCCAUUUCUCUCUCUCUAUAUAUAUCAUCCUCUUUUCAGUUUUUAAUUUGAGGCAGCAUAAGUGAGACCCUGAGGAGAACUUUUUUUUGUGUGUUUCUAUUUUCGUUUUUAUACAAGCUUUUAUGUGUUGUGCCAAUCAGAAUACGUUUCACCCCUUGUUCUCACCUUAAAGCACCAUAAAAGCAAUAAAUGGAAUAUUGUCUACUUUUUCAUUUUUCUUUUUCUUCUUUUUUUAUGUUGGAAGACAUAC